AUGCAACCAAUCGAAUGCGCCAGUUGCGACGCCGGCUGGGACUGUGGGACCUGCUUGAUGCUUGUCGAGAGCUCGGGCUGCCCCUGGACCUCGGCAAUCAUUCGUGGCUGCAGCGGUGGCACAUCGCUCAACUCAUUUUGCGACGGUAACGGCAGUUGUGGGACGUCAGACGUCGCCAACAACUGCCGCCUCGGCAAGGACAUCUACAAGCGGGUCGAGUGCACCGCCACGCCUCCAUCGGCGCCUCCCGCGACCCCGCCGAGCAGCCCACCCUCACCACCCCCACCCAUGCCACCGUCCCUGCCCGUCGCGGGUGUAAGCUUCCUCUCCGCCGAUGCCAAUGACGGACAAGCGUGGCUGGUGCCGCUGGUUGCGGGCAGCGUCGCAGUCGCAUUGACGCUCUGCCUCUGCUUCCUCUGCUGGCGCUGCUGCGGCCGCCGCCACAAGCGCGCCCCGGGUGCUCUUAGGCCAGUCUUCGACCCCGACCCGGAUGAUAGCCCCUUCAAAUGCCCAUAAGCAACAUGUCAUGCAGACUGAGACCCCGCUCUUCGCGGCUGUUGGCGGCGCGGCAUGUCCAUGUCCAUGUG